AUGCCGGAAGAGAAGGCCCCGGCAAACGGCGAGAGCCCAAGAUGGCGGAGGUGGAGGAAGUGACCGAAGGGUGUCGCCUCCCUGUGUUGCGCCGUAACCAAGAAAACGAGGACGAGUGGCCACUGGCUGAAAUCCUGAGUGUUAAAGACAUCAGUGGCCGAAAACUUUUCUAUGUUCACUACAUUGACUUUAACAAGCGUCUAGACGAAUGGGUGACUCACGACCGGCUGGACUUGAAGAAGAUCCAGUUCCCCAAGAAGGAGGCAAAGACCCCAACCAAGAAUGGGCUGCCGGGAUCUCGGCCCAGCUCUCCGGAACGGGACGUGAGGAAGACCUUGGAUCUGUCUCUACAACCAGCCACAACUCCAUCCAGCGGUAAAACCCUACCCAUCCCGGUGCAGAUAACCCUCCGUUUUAACCUACCUAAAGAGAGGGAGGCCGUCCCUGGCUCGCCCGACCAACCCCUCUCCUCCAGCUCCUGCGUCCAGCCAAACCAUCGCUCCACGAAGCGGAAGGUGGAGGUGGUUUCGCCCGCAACCCCCAUCCCUACUCCAACCGAGACAACGCAGGCCUCGGUUUUUCCCCAGAAUGGCUCCGCACGGCGAGCUGUGGCCGCCCAGCCUGGCCGGAAGAGGAAAUCCAACUGCCUUGGGACAGACGAGGAUUCCCAGGACAGCUCAGACGGGAUCCCGUCGGCGCCCCGCAUGACGGGCAGCCUGGUCUCGGACCGCAGCCAUGAUGACAUCGUCACUCGAAUGAAGAACAUCGAGUGCAUCGAGCUGGGGCGCCACCGCCUGAAGCCGUGGUACUUCUCCCCCUACCCGCAGGAGCUCACCGCCCUCCCCGUCGUCUACCUCUGCGAGUUCUGCCUUAAGUAUGUCAAGAGCCUCAAGUGCCUCCAGAGGCACCUGAUGAAGUGUGACUUGAGGCACCCUCCAGGCAAUGAAAUCUACCGCAAGGGGACCAUCUCCUUCUUUGAGAUCGAUGGCCGGAAGAACAAGAGCUAUUCUCAGAAUCUUUGUCUUCUGGCAAAAUGCUUCCUUGAUCACAAAACCCUCUACUACGACACAGAUCCUUUUCUCUUCUACGUCAUGACCGAAUAUGACAGCAAAGGCUUUCACAUCGUCGGCUAUUUCUCCAAGGAAAAGGAAUCCACCGAAGAUUACAAUGUGGCCUGUAUUCUGACAUUACCCCCUUAUCAGAGACGGGGCUAUGGCAAGUUGCUGAUUGAAUUCAGUUACGAGCUGUCCAAGGUGGAAGGGAAGACAGGCACGCCUGAAAAACCCCUCUCAGACCUGGGGCUGUUGUCGUACCGUAGCUACUGGUCGCAGACCAUCCUUGAGAUCCUCAUGAACCUCAAACUGGAGAACGGGGAGCGCCCGCAGAUCACCAUCAAUGAGAUCAGCGAAAUCACAAGUAUCAAGAAAGAAGAUGUAAUCUCUACACUUCAAUAUCUGAACCUCAUCAAUUACUACAAGGGCCAAUAUAUUUUGACACUCUCAGAGGACAUCGUCGAUGGACACGAACGGGCCAUGCUAAAGCGAAUCCUGCGCAUUGAUUCCAAGUGUUUACAUUUUACCCCAAAGGACUGGAGUAAAAGGGGCAAGUGGUGAACGCAAAGGCCUGGCCAUUUGACCGGCAAAGGGGUGUUCCCAGGCCUUGGCAUACAGCGGUAGCAGGAUCAGGCUGGGCGCCCCGGACUCUGAAAAGCCUGCGCGUCCUGGACGGCCUUUUAGACGCAAGACUCUCGCGAGCCUUUGUGUACAGUAGUUGAAAAGCACAGUCGGCUUGAGUUCACACUGCUUGAAUAUUUAUAUGUUCCAACAUUCCCACACGCACCCAGAGGCAUCAGGCUGAAGGCCGUGGUGUCUAAGUGGGGCUGAGUCCCAUGGUGCUCAUGUACAGGGGAAGAACAGAUUGUGGUGUCCCACUGGAGCAGCCGGACAGAACAGCUUCCCUCCAGCCGGCGGCUCUGGGUUGGAGACACAGCUGUCCGUGGCUGAGACCUGUGGGGCCAGCCUCCUGCCAUAAUGUGGGAGGACCCCUCCCAACCCCAUCUCCAGCUCAGAAGAGAUGGGGGGGUCUUUCUUUUGGUGUCUUCAUCCAGGAAAAGCCUCGAGAGCCGAGGACAAAAAUGGAUAUGCCCUUCGCAGAAACCAACCACAACUCACCUGAUGUCUCUGAUCAGAAUAAAUGAACAAAGAUUUUUUUUAAGAAAAAAAAA